UGAUCCGUUGCUUUCUGCUCGAUAGUGGACGAUCUGAUCAGUACCUAUCUGACUCGCCCAAAUCAGUUUAGUUAAAAGCAUCAUGACAGGGUUUCGUUGUGUUUUCAAUUAUGUUCUUAUAUUACUUGUUACGUAUCAAAUUUUACCAUUAUACGCCGAUAAUGCGGUACCUGUACUAUUAUGGGGCGGUUCCGUUAAUUCGGAUUUACCAACAACCGCAGUGAACCCGUUUUUAAAAACUACCAGCAAAGAAUUCGAUUCGUUUUUACGUAAGAAAUUAGAAAAUCUUCCUCCUGUUCUUCUUUAUGUAAAAGAUAAUUUGUGCGUCGAAGAUUUAGUAAAACACAAACAGCAUCUUCAAAAAAUUGUUGCCAGUGAUUCGUUACAUUAUUAUCCUGCAGUUGAGAAAGCAGUGAAUACUGUUGAAGAUUUAUCUUCUUAUAAUCAGACUUACAAUGAUUACAUAGAUUCUGUAUCCGAUGGACAGUUGUUGAUUAUGCCAAUUAACAAUUUAGAUGUUAUUCCAGAGACGUACAAGACAAUAAAAGAUUCCAAUCCUAAUUUGAUAGCUCUUCUCACAGGAAAGUCAUGUAGUUAUAGACGUUCGGAGCGAGUAAAAAGAGCUGAUACUUCUGCCAAUGAUACUUCUGAUCCUUUUCUUGUUUCAUCAGGCAGAGUAUUAUUGUACUCUAGUCGAGCUCUAUCGGUGAAGCUUCCUGACCAAACAAAAUACAUAGAUCUUCCUCUCAGAUAUACAUCUUCCGAAAACACAGAUCCACAGACAUCUUCGUAUAAUUUAAUUCUGAAAUUCAAUGGAACUGGUCAGCCUAUAUUUAAACAUGAGCUUACUUUUAUGUUUGAAGUUAAAACUGCAGGAUAUUAUACACUUAAAACAAUUAAAUACAUGUUAUAUCCAAGUACAAAUAAUAUCGACAGUGAACAAAAUCUAACAACAAAGACAGAUAUUGUAUUUCCAUUCAACUUUUCUUAUCACUGUUCAGAUACAAUUAUCUUUCGCAAUAAUUCUACUAUACUAAAUAUUACGAACUUUCAAGUACAACUUGAUGCAGCAGUAAUCGUUAAUAGUACCAGAGCAUUUGAUGAUGCAUAUGAUUGUGUUGGUUUUACUACAAUUCCAAUUUGGACAGGAAUAUUUGUUACUGCCAUAUUAGCUCUGAUUAUGAUUUGGGCUCUCACUAUGAUUCUAGAUAUUCGUACUAUGGAUAGAUUUGAUGAUCCUAAAGGUAAAACAAUCACAAUUUCAGCUCAGGAAUGAUAUAAUAAUAUCAAGUUUGUAGAAAUCUUAUGUAAAUAUAUACUAUAAAUAGUUGUGACUUAAUAAAUUGUCUAAUAUGUUAUCAGUUUCAUAUUGAUAACUUAUAUAAUGUUCAUCAAAACUAAUUAAAAACAUUGUAAAAUUUAUUUUGGUUUAAAAAUAAUAUUUCAUUGUAAGAAGAUAAAUUAAAUCAUUCCGCUUACCUAA